UGCAUCAGCGUAUAGGGUACUCACGCCGGUUUUGUCGACUGUUACUGUUUAAGACUCUUUCUGUCAAAUCUGUCAAAAUAAAUUAAUCAUCAGUAUAAAUUAAAGGAGGGUGAAAUGAAACUGUUUGUCGGCGAGGGGAAUCCGCACUCCGUUAAAGUUCUGGCUGUGCUGGAACUUACUGGAGUAAAAUGUGACGUGCAACUGGUUAACAACGAGGAGAGAGUGGUGCCAUACCUCACUCGCCCGGUGUUACCCGUCCUUCUGUUACCCAGCGGUCAGCAUCUCUUCAGCCCAAACACCAUCUGCCAAUACCUGUUCGAUGUGAGUGGUCGGAAAGCAACUGAUGCCACUAACCAGUGGAUGGAAUGGGAAAUCACAGAUUUACAGCCUGCAGUGUUACAGGCCCUCCACAUGAUGGCACUGCAGGGGAAGCGUUCUGAAGCGGCGGCUGUGAUGAAAGAGCCCCUCAGUCACCUGGAACAGAACCUGAGGAAAUCAUCCACACAGUUCUUAACCUCUGAUGCAAUAACAAUUGCAGAUAUUGUCCUGUGGGCGGCGCUCUACCCCAUUUUAUCCGACUCGAGUUUUGAAGCCGGUGACUUGCGGUUUGUGCGAGGUUGGUUUGAUGGUGUUGACGUUCAGUCUGCGUGUCAGACGGCUGCUCAGAAGGUUCUGCAUGGAAAGAGUUCCGAAGCCUUAAAGACAUUUCUACAGAAACACCCAGCAACACAAACACAGCGGCGAGACUGCCCGACCAACACCAGCGCUGCAGAGGCUGAGGACACAGAACGUGUGAUGUCAGAGCUGGAGAUUGAAGAAGCGGCUCAGAUGUGGUCGACAGGUCUCAAAUAUUCUCAUGCAGUGCCGCAGAGGAAUCACCCCAUUCUCCCACAGGAAGGAAGGAGAAACGUGCUAGUCACGAGUGCGCUUCCCUACGUCAACAAUGUGCCACACCUGGGCAACAUCAUCGGCUGUGUGCUGAGUGCAGAUGUGUUCGCCAGAUACGGCCGUUUGAGAGGCUGGAAUCUGUUGUACGUCUGCGGUACAGAUGAGUAUGGAACGGCGACUGAAAACAAGGCUCGUGAGGAGGGUCUGACACCGAGAGAGAUCUGCGAUAAAUAUUACGCCAUCCACGCCUCCAUCUACAAGUGGUUCCAGAUCGACUUCGACUUUUUCGGUCGCACCACCACCGACCGGCAGACGGAAAUCGCUCAGGAUAUUUUCUGGCGUCUGCAUGAAAGGGGUUUUCUCUUGGAGGAAACGGUCGAACAGCUGCGAUGUGAGAGCUGUCAGCGCUUUUUGGCCGAUCGCUUUGUGGAGGGCGUGUGUCCUCACUGCUGUUACCCAGAAGCCCGCGGGGACCAGUGUGACAAAUGUGGCCGUCUCAUCAAUGCUGUGGACCUCAGGAAUCCUCAGUGCAAGGUGUGCAAGCAAACUCCGGUGAUCAGGUCCUCUAAACACUUGUUCCUCGACCUGCCAAAGCUGGAGGGCGAGUUGGAGAAGUGGUUGGACCAGUCGAUGGGGGCUGGUGAUUGGACGACAAACGCGCGGCAGAUCACUCGCUCGUGGCUGCGGGACGGCCUGAAGCCGCGCUGCAUCACCCGAGACCUGAAGUGGGGGACGCCUGUACCGCACCCCGAUUACAAGGAGAAAGUGUUCUACGUGUGGUUUGAUGCUCCUAUUGGCUAUCUCUCCAUCACGGCAAACUACACCGACCAAUGGGAGAAGUGGUGGAAGAAUCCUCAGCAGGUGGAGCUGUACAACUUCAUGGCGAAGGACAACGUUCCCUUCCACAGCGUGGUGUUCCCAUGUUCACUUCUGGGUGCUCAAGACAACUACACAAUUGUGAAUAAUCUCAUUGCCACAGAAUAUCUGAAUUAUGAGGACACCAAGUUUUCUAAGAGCCGUGGUGUGGGUGUGUUCGGAGACAUGGCCAAAGACACAGGAAUCCCGUCGGACGUUUGGCGCUUUUAUUUGCUGUACGUGCGUCCUGAAGCGCAGGACUCUGCCUUCUCCUGGUCUGACAUGGCACUCAAGAACAACUCCGAACUUCUCAACAACCUGGGAAACUUCAUUAACAGGGCAGCGAUGUUUGUGACUAAGUUCUUUGAAGGACGCGUUCCCGAGAUGCUCCUCAAUGAUGAUGAUAAACGUCUCAUCGCUAUGGUCAGCUGGGAGCUCAAGCAGUACAUACAACUGCUGGAUAAAGUCAGGAUCCGUGACGCUCUGAAGUGCAUCCUGAACAUCUCGCGUCACGGCAACCAGUACAUCCAGCUCAAUGAACCCUGGAAGAAGAUCAAAGGAGGAGACAUGGACAAACAGCGGGCCAGUACGGUGACGGGCGUAUCGGUUAACGUGGCAUGUCUCCUCUCUGCCCUGCUGGAGCCCUACAUGCCCACCGUGAGUCAGACCAUCAGAACGCAGCUGCAGGCUCCGCCCAACUGCACCGGAGCCAUGAUCCAAGGGGCGGGAACUUUCAUAUGUACACUACCAGCCGGCCACCGCAUCGGCACGGUCAGUCCUUUGUUCCAAAAGUUGGAGAACGAGCAGAUUGAGGGUUUCAGAAAGCAAUUCGGAGGACAACAGACUCAGAUUCCCAGCACGGCUUCAGCCGACACCAAACUCUGCGCCGGUGUUGAGCUCAACUCCACAGUGAAUGUUAAAGCAGAUCCAGAGAGAGCCAGACGGCUGGCCGAGCAAGUGACAGAGCAGGCUGAUAAAGUACGAGCUCUGAAGGCUCAGAAAGCGGAGAAAUCUGUAAUCGGAGAGGAAGUCGCCAAAUUACUGGAGCUAAAAAAACAACUCGCUCUUGCAGAGGGCAAGAACCAGGAGCCGUCCAAUCAUAAAGCAAAGAAAAAGUGACAAAAUGACAGAAUUUUUAUCCCUUGAGGUAGAUGGUUUAUGAAUAUUUUUAUAGAACUGUACUGGAUAUUGUUCUAUACGGCAACUCUGUCUGAAAAUGCAAACACCGCCCUUAUUAACACGCAAUAAAAUAUAUGCAUUGAUCAUUUUA